GUGCACGCUGAGAGGCGAUCUUUUCACAGCACACCAGCAGGGACACUGUUCACCCACCGAGAGACUCACCAUGGCUCUAGCAUUGAAUUGCACACCCUGUAUAUUGCGCUGUAUUUAUAUUCUUUCGUUGCUUUUCUCCAGUGUAUUUUGCGACGCGGAUGCAGAGGAAGAUGAGCAUGCCAAGCACACAUACACGGUGGAGAUGUUCAACGAGGCGGUGCCCACCGCACCCCACUUUGUCAUGUUUUACGCCCCAUGGUGCGGUCAUUGUCAGAGAUUACAGCCAACAUGGAAUGAACUGGCAGACAAAUACAACAGCAUGGACGAGCCCCCAGUGUAUGUGGUAAAAGUAGACUGCGUCCAGGACACCAAGUUCUGCUCUAAUGUCCACGGGGUUAGAGGCUACCCUACGCUGAAGUUGUUUAAGCCAGACCAGGAGGCAGUUAAGUACCAGGGGCCCAGAGAUCUGCAGUCUCUGGAGACCUGGAUGCUGAAGACACUCCAGGAGGAGCCUACAGAACCAGAGAGUGAACUGGAGCCUCCCAAAGCCCCAGAGCCCAAACAGGGCAUGUAUGAGCUCACUGCUCUCAACUUCAAGGCCCAUAUAGCCAAAGGUGCUCAUUUUGUUAAGUUCUUUGCACCGUGGUGUGGCCACUGCAAAGCCAUGGCCCCAACCUGGGAACAGCUGGCAACCUCCUUUGAGCACUCUAAUGACGUCAAGAUAGGAAAGGUGGACUGUACACAGCACUAUGAGGUGUGUUCUGACAACGGCGUACGGGGAUAUCCCACACUGCUCUUCUUCUACAAUGGGCAGAAGACAGAACAGUACAAAGGAAAAAGAGACCUGGACUCUUUCAAAGACUUUGUGGACAACCAGCUGAAGGCUGCCACUGCUGAGGAGCAAGAGCAAGAACCAGCUGAGGAACAAAAAGCAAAUGAGAUCCCCACUGAUGAGCCAGUCAAAGAGGAGUCCAGCGUGUUGGUCCUGACCGAGAACAAUUUUGAUGAGACAGUGGCCAAGGGCUUCACCUUCAUCAAAUUCUAUGCUCCAUGGUGUGGCCACUGUAAGAACCUUGCUCCAACAUGGGAGGAUCUUUCCAAGAAGGAGUUUCCCGGCCUCACUGAUGUCAAGAUAGCCAAAGUGGACUGCACUGUCGAGCGCACACUUUGCAAUAAGUACUCUGUGCGAGGUUACCCCACGUUGAUCAUGUUCAGGGCGGGAGAACAGGGUGACGAGCAUCACGGUGGGCGGGACCUGGAGAGCCUGCACAGCUUUGUGCUGAGGCAGGCGAGAGACGAGUUGUAGAAACGGAAGCGCCAGCGCCCGCACUGCAUAUCUGGCUAGUAGGACACCACUCUCUCUAAUACGGUAGCCAGAUCUUUCUUUAUAUCUCUCUCCACUUGGGUUCUUUUCAGAAAGGAAUCAGCCAAUGGCAGACUGAAACGGUCUGUUCUUUCUCCAGUGUUCAAGGACAGAAUAAUUCAAUGUUUGGGAUGUGGACGUAUUUCUCAUUGCUGUUACCCAACCUCAAAUCUCCUAAUAUGGAGAACACUAUUGCAUUGGUUGGGUCUGCAAAUGAAGUAAUACUUUAUGUCUGACUGUAAGCACUGCUCAAUUGAUCAGAACCAGAAUUCCUCACACAAGUAAUGUUUAUUAAGAGGGUAGCACUGAAGGACACGUGUUCCAGUUUCUGCCGGUUAAAAAUCAAUUGUUUCUGACCUGACUUCUGUAGCCAUUUGACUUUUUUUUU